GUACUAGUCCCAUGCAUGGUAGAUCCUCCUCACCCUUCGAUCAGCUGCCAUGUGGUGUCCGCCGCAAGCAUGUGAGCUUCCAUCAUCACAGACGACAUCGAGGAGAUGGGGGUGUGUUUUCUCCACGCCCUCCCGCCCCAUGACGCUUCAUCGACGGACUCAUCUUCAGACCCACGCAUCACCGAGCUUCUCGACGCCUACAGCGACAUGUUCAAAGGCCCACACGGAGUAGUACCAGAUCGGCCCAUCCGCCACGAGAUCAUCCUCGAGGACGGGGCCGUACCUCCGCGUGGUUGCAUCUACCGAAUGAGCGAGGAAGAGUUAAGUGUGCUUCGGGCACAACUCGACGACCUUCUGGAGAAAGGCUGGAUUCGGCCUAGCUCAUCGCUAUACGGUGCUCCUGUUCUCUUCGUCCGGAAGAAGAACAAGGAUUUGCGGUUGUGCAUCGAUUAUCGCAAGCUCGAUACGCAAACGAUCAGAAACGCCGGCCCUCUUCCACGCAUCGACGACCUUCUCGAACGACUGGGCGGCGCCAAGUUCUUCUCCAAGCUCGACCUCAAGUCGGGAUAUCACCAACUCGAGAUUCGACAGGAGGACCGCUACAAGACCGCGUUUAAGACGGGAUAUGGGCAUUUCGAAUGGCUGGUUAUGCCAUCUGACCUUACGAAUGCCCCGGCCACUUUCCAAGCGGCUAUGACAACGGAGUUCCAACACAUGCUGGAUCGAUUCGUACUUAUCUACCUCGACGACAUCCUGGUGUACAGCCAGAGUUUGGACGAGCAUAUUGAACACCUGCGCACCGUUUUGGAGCGGCUACGACAAGCCAAGUACAAAGCCAACCGCGACAAAUGCGAAUUCGCGCGGCAGGAGCUGGAGUACUUGGGACAUUAUGUGACGCCGCAAGGCAUCCGUCCGCUUGCGGACAUGAUCGAGGCCCUCCACGUAUGGCCCGAGCCCACCAACACCACGGACGUUCGUUUAUUCAUGGGGUUGGCGGGCUACUAUCAGCGAUUCAUCACCGGAUACUCAAGGAUUGCUGCACCUAUGACGAGAUUACAAUUGCCAAAGGUGCCAUUCGUAUUCGAUGACGACGCACGCCGGUCAUUUCAAGCACUUAAGACGGUCAUGCUCAUGGCACCCGUCCUUAGCAUCUAUGACCCCACCCUGCCUACGAGAGUGACAACUGAGGCUUCCGGUUAUGGCAUUGGGGCAGUCUUGGAACAACACGAUGGCGACGACUGGCACCCUGUGGAGUAUUUCAGCCACAAAGUGCCUCCCAUCAACUCGCUUGAUGAUGCAAGGAAGAAGGAGCUGCUCGUGUUCGUGAUGGCUCUCAAGCGAUCGCAACACUUCCUCCUUGGGCGUCGUAGGUUCACAUGGGUCACGGACAACAACCCAUUGACCUACUACAAGGCACAGGAUAUGGUGAGCAGCACGAUCGGACGAUGGAUGUACUUCAUCGACCAAUUUGACUUCACACCGAAACAUCUCCCCGGCCUCUCCAAUCGCGCAGCAGAUGGACUCUCGCGAAGACCUGAUCUUUGCGCCAUGACACAUCAUGCCUUCGCAUUCGACGAGGAACUCCAGCGACACUUCAUCCGGGGCUAUGAGUCUGAUCCGGACUUCGCCACGUUGUAUGCGCAGCUAUCUUCGGAUCACCCGCCGGCCAGCCAAUAUCGCAUUGCCGAUGGGUACUUGCUCCUCCACUCGAGAGGCAAGGACUUACUAUGUGUCCCACGAGACCGUCGUCUUCGGACUCGCCUUCUCGGUCGGUAUCAUGACUCGUGGCUCGCCGGCCAUUUCAGAGUCAACCGCACCAUUGCACGGCUUCGACAACGAUUCCGAUGGCCCGACCUCAUUACCGAUGUCACUCGGUAUUGCGACUCUUGCGAAGUUUGCCGACGCAGCAAGCCCUACAAUCGCAACCCCUACGGCGAGUUGCGCCCGAUGCCUAUCCCACAGGAACCCGGCCUCUCCAUUGCCAUGGAUGUCACCGGAUCAUUUCCCCGCGAUCACCUCGGGCACGACGGCAUCCUCACGGUUGUGGACCGUUUGAGUAAGUAUGCGCAUUUUCUCCCUUGCAAGUACUACUCCACGGCUCCCGAGCUGGCACGCCUCUUGCACACCGGUUGGAUUUGCGGCCACGCUCUACCGGAAGACAUAGUCAGCGACCGCGACACUUGCUUCAUGUCGGCAUUUUGGAUUGCUCUCAUGCAGGAGUCCGGCACGAAGAUGAAACCAAGUUCGGCUCGGCAUCCACAGACGGACGGGCAAACGGAGUGGGCACAUCAAACCACUUAAAUGAUGCUUCGUACGCUCAUCCGUCCGGACCAGAAAGAUUGGGUUGACCGCCUCCCCGACAUCG